AGUCAGCGUAAAGCACAAACAUCAAAUAAGGAAAACACAACAUUUUUCGCAAUCCCGAAGUUAAUUUGCAGCAAAAGAAUAAAUUUACAAACGAUUAUGAAACAGUGAAAAAAUAGUAAUAUUGUGUCAAAUGCGUUUCUGUGGUUUCAUGAAGCAAAGUAUCAAGCAUACACUGGUACAUGUUCUUGUAAUAAACAUUUAAAAUGCUGAAAGCAAUUGAGACUGAGAAUGUAACUAAGAAUAUUAUCCGGGAAAUCACCAGAGAAUGUGCUUCAAGGGGAAUCAACAUUACAGAUAAUUGUGCAGCUUAUGUGAUCAAGUUAAUGGUUUUAAACCCAGAACAUGGUUUCAUUUCUGACCGCCCACUGGCCAGAGAUGAUGUUCAGUUGUUAGUUGAUGUCUGUGUACAGAAAUUGUCAGAGGAAUGCUCUCCCUCUCUGGCCACAAUACAGAUGCAGGUAUACUUUGAUACCAACUUUGCAACUCGACAUGACAUCAUCAACGAGAAUCGAGCCAAUAUUAAGCUUCGAACUAUGCCUCUCAUCAAGGAAAUCAUCGAGACACAUGCCAAGACAAAGGAGGACCUUGAGAAAUUGUAUCGCAAAAUAGUUGUGACAACAGCCACUAGCUCUGGUCUCGGAAACCCAACUAAUUCGAGCAUCCUCAGAGAAGCCAGAGCUGUUUUAUCAAGUGUGUUUCCACACACUGAACUUAGCCAGUUUAUGGCAAUGUCCCGGAAGUAUAAGGAGCAGCAAAUAACAGAACUCACACUGAUCACUACUGGAAUUCGCCUCUUUAAUCGUGACUGCCAAAAGGGUGGUGAAGGCAUUGAAGAUCUCCCCAACCUGCUACAGAAAGCAGUUGUUGCUACGCAGUCCUCACUGGAAUCACAACUUCAGAAAUUGCUAGGCAGAGUAAAUGUUCUCACCACAGCUGUAGAGAAAUGUGUGAGGAUUCCUGAUAAGCCUAAACACAUGUACAGGGUACAGGAAGUGGAGGAGGAAGCAGUGGGCGAAAAAACAGAAAAGGAAGGCGAUAAAGAUCAAGCUGAGAAGCUCCAUAAAAUCCCCAAAAAACAAAUGCAGAUGGUGUGGGAUGGAUUGACUACAGCUCGACAGCUGGAAGUUUACCUGAGGAAGUUGCUCAUGGAAGUUGUGACUUCAAAGCAAGUGUUGGCAGAAUUACUGGAUAAACUGAAGCUGAGGCUAACCAACAUUCAUGAGACUGUCAGGUUCAGGACUGCCAUACCAACUAUACAGGUUUAUCCACAAUUUAUACAUUUGUCACAGAUCUGGACCAGUCUACAAGAGGAGAUGGUGUUUCUCAGCAACAUAAACAACCUAGCUUGGAACCUGCAGAAGUAUUUACAGGUGCUGGAGUACACUGACGAAGGGGUUGUGAAACAAAUGAUUGGUAACACACAGGUCCUCACUGAUGAAGCUCGGCUUAAGGCAACCACAGGCCUCAAGAUUGACUCAACUGGGAUUAAGUGUGAGGUUCUAUACCCAGCACAAGUGACAGACUUUGACAAAAUACCACUGCAAUACCUCGGCUUCUGUGCAUGGUCACUGGUGGAAGGUCUUGGAGCAUUAAUACCAGGAAACCCCAAUAUGGGGGUGUGCCAGUGGAAAGGUAAUUACUACGCAUUUUCUUCCCCUGUCACAGCAGCUGAAUUUGGACAAGAUCCUGACAAGUAUGUGAUGUCACUACUGAAUCUGAUGAAAAAGAAGCCAGAACUUAUCAACCUACUACAGCUUCAAGAACAAGUGGCAGCUGGAUGUGUGACAGCGGAGUUGCCUAUCAAAAAACCAGAGCCCAUAAUUAAGCGCAACAGUGAGAUACAAACUGAAGUGCAUCCAACCCCAAGUCACAUUGAUCCAACAUACCGAUGGAAUGAAUGGGACCUCAAAAGAGAUGCCAUAAAACUUGCAAACAUACUAAAGUGCAAGACUAAAUCGGUGCAAACAGAACCCAGCUAUCAAAAGAUGACCAUUGGAUUACAAGCAAAGCCAUCAAAGAGCCAAGAGGUCCAGACAAUACAGGACAGAAAAUUUAAUAUCCCAGAACUCCAAAUGUUCAUUUAAGGUCUUCACAGAUGCAUAGAUGACAAGUAGUUUGUACUCACAUUUAAAUUUUUAAAAACUUUAAUCUUGUAUUACAAUAUUUUUUGUAAGUUUUGUCAUCCAUGAAGCUUCUGUCAAUAAACAUGUAUUCCUAAGAAAAACUGUUUAAAGGUAAAGGUUUCCCUGUACAUAAUUAAUUAAGCACCAUGCUGUGAAGAUAUGUCAGGGAGUGGAGGUAUAGCAACACGAUUCUCAUCCUCAGCAAUAGAUGGCAGUGAGUGGUCUUCUUCAUGCCACACUACUUCAUUCCCAUGGAAACAGCCUCCAGUACCCACUACAUAGGAGGCUGGGUGAGCCAGUCUGGAUGCUAUAGAGAAAAAUUCCUUCCCACUGCCAGAUAUUGAACAUUGAUUCCUUGGUCAUUCAACUCCUAGCCUAUUCACUGUAUUAACUGUACUUUAGCUCAGCUUAAUGCAACUGUGGUAAAGACAACAGGUUUUCUGUAUCCAAAAUCAGCUUUGCAGAGCCAUUGUUUAUUUCAUGUCAUUAAAUAAUUAUAGAGGCUAAUAUAUUACUUAACUGUAUUUAUUUGUAUACAUACAGUUUCUGCUUAUUUCAUGUCAAAAUUAGAUAGUAUUAUGGAAACUACUUGUUAUAUAAAAAACAAUUUUAUUAUAAUUAUGUACAGUUAGUCUUAGAGGACAAAAUCUUUCUUAAUGUAACCACAUAUAACCACCAUUCAGAGAAAACCUAAUUUAGUGUAUGAAAAGCCAUUCCCACUGAAAAUCAUGAAACAGGGAUUUCACUGGCUGUGGAUUAUUUGAAGAGCUUACAUAAACAUGAACCUUUGCCAAGAUAGGGCAGAUUGCAGGCUUUUCUGCGAUGAUGAUUAAGUUUUAGUUUCUCUUAACAGGGCAAUUGUUGAACAGCUGAAUAACCAUCCACUAAUCAUAGGAAAUGCUGUACCAUGAACUGACAACAUAAAAUGAAAAGGACAGAACAGAUAAAUCCCAGGAUUAAAUUUCUGAUCCCUGAUGAAUAUUUGUG